UGAACAGGUCUGGACGUUGAUGUUUGGAAAAUGGGAAGUGGGAGCAGUACCCCAGUGACAGAGGAGAACAAACCAGAGCUCCUUGAUAAAGCUUGGAGGGAUGUUGUGUGGGACCACAGCACACAAACUGAUCUCAUGCAAUACCUGCAAGAUUACAAGCCCACUAUCGAAUCAGUGCCUCAGGCUCGGAUACUUCUAAUUGGUCAGAUUAAAGCUGGAAAAUCAAGCUUCUUCAACUCCAUCAACUCUAUCUUCCGUGGCAACAUUACAAGCCAAGCUGCAGUAGGAGAAAUGAAAACCAGCCUGACCUUGAAGUAUCGCACUUACCAGGUGAAAGCGGGCCGAGGCGGACAGCCUCUGGGAUUCCUACUGUGUGACACCAUGGGACUGGAAGCAAGGGAGGAUGGAGGGGUGAGAACUGAAGAUAUUGAGAGCAUCCUGAAGGGCUACGUUCCAGACAAGUACCAGUUCAACCCUGUGCAGCCAAUGAAAGCUGAUAACUGUCAGGCAUGGAGCACAUUGGCUCUUAAGGACAGGAUCCACUGUGUGGUGUAUGUGAUAGACGCCUCCACAAUUGCAGUUGUGGACCAAGAAAUGAAGAAUAAAAUUGAUGAAAUCAGAAAGAGAACUAACUCGGCAGGUCAGUGA